AGUUAAAAUCACGUGACACACUUUUAAGUCUGAAGUGAAUUUGAGUGACAUGGCUUAUCCAGGUUACGGGGCUCCCGGUGGUUACCCAGGCGCUCCUCCCGCAGGUUACGGACAACCGGCAGGCUACCCGGUACCUGGUGGUUAUCCAGGUGGUGCUCCACAGGCUGAUCCAUUGUUUGGAUACUUUUCUGCCGUAGCUGGUGUUGAUGGACAGAUUGAUGCUCGUGAACUGCAGAGGUGCCUUACUCAGAGUGGAAUCAGUGGAACAUACCAACCUUUCAGCUUGGAGACUUGCAGAAUCAUGAUCGCCAUGUUGGACCGAGAUUACAGUGGUAAGAUGGGAUUUUCUGAAUUCAAGGAGUUGUGGACUGCCCUCAGCCGGUGGCAGCAAUCAUUUGCAACAUACGACAGAGAUCGAAGUGGCACCGUCGAACCACACGAGUUACAAGCUGCUCUGACAUCAUUUGGGUACAAUAUGACUCCUCAGGCUCUCGGUGUCAUUCUGAGGCGUUUUUCUAGCGAUGGCAGAGUCGGCUUUGAUGAUUUUGUCGCAUGUCUCAUCAAGCUGAGAUCGUUGACAACUCAGUUCCAGCAGAGAGAUUUCCAGCGAAACGGCACGGCUAGUUUCCGCUACGACGAGUUCAUCCAAGUGGCGAUGUCUCUAUGAAGCUCCACUAACGCAGACGCUUGUGUACUGACAGUUGAACUAACAGUUGUGUUCAGUUGAACUAACAGUUGUGUUCAGUUGAACUAACAGUUGUGUUCAACACAGCAUAACACAUUGACUUGUGGCUUCAGACUACAAGCCGCUUGCUUAUUGUCAUUGGAUCUUGUGAUUGAUGUUGCUGCCCAUGCUGCUCGAAUAGAAUAUGAAAUUGAGUCUACACUUGUAGAGUCCUG